UUCCCUUGUUCCCACCCCUCUCCUCCUCCCUCUUUCCCCUACUCCGAAUCACCCUUGCGCGGCUGAUUCACCAUGUCGGACGACGUGACGGAGUCCCUACGGUCGCUGAUACCGGCGGACGCGCCGGCCGGUGCGCCGGGCGGCCGGCAUGUCUGGCGUGUGCCAGCAGCGCUGGCCGCCUCGUCGGCGGCCGGCCCCGGGCGGGCAAACGUCGGCGGGGUCCUUGGCACCGCCGACAGCGAGCUGGGCGAUGCCUCGCUCGAUGAGACCUACUAUGCGCGGUUGAUGCGGCAGGUGGAGGCUACCAGCGGGCCGCCGCCGAAACGCGGCCGCGGCCGACCGCGCAAGGAGGGCGUCCUCCGGCCGCCGACUCGACGCAUGCGACACCUGGGCCCAGACCGCCGGGCGGCCAUUGAUCUGUCCUCCUCCGAGGGGGAGGAAGACCCCAAUGACAUGCUGGAGUCCCUUGGGAGGCUGCAUGCGGCGGCGCGCGCGGCAGCCAACCCCGGGGAUCUGGUUCCGCCGAUGGACCGGCUGGCCCGGCUGGAUGAGCUGGCCCGGCAGCCGUCCCGGAAGCGGGCGCGCGGCGGCCCGGAGCCCGGUGCCACCAAGGUGACGGGCCUAUUGCGCAAGGCCGUCACUGCGGCCGGCCUAAAGUCCCGCCCCGGGGCCCGGCCCCCCGGCGCCGGUCCGGACACCGGGCCCGAGGAGGCCGACGCCAGCAAUGAUACCGCCUCCAGCGGCGAGGACACCGAGGUCACCGAGGAGGAGGCCAGCGAGUAUGACGAAGAGGAGGACGAGGAGGAGGAGGAGGAGGAGGAGGACGAGGAGGAAGCGGAGGAAGAAGAGGAGGAUGGCGGCAACGACGAUGAGCCGACCUCUUCCUCGCCCGCUCCCGAGGACCCCAACGAUGAGGAGGAUGGCGGCUACUUCGCCAACCUCGGUCGGUCAUCCACCACCCCCAGCAACACCCUCAGCAAGUGGCCGGCGCUGGAUCCGGCCGUACUACAGAGUGCCCUGUCGACGGCCACCGACGGCCUGUUCGAUGGGCACCGUGCGGCCCUGGUCGAUGCCAUCGGCAGCGAGGACGCCUUCAGCACCUGGCUGGGGGGCCUGCGUGCCGGGUUUUCGCAGCUGCUCUUCGGCUUCGGGUCCAAGCACCGGCUGCUCGAGCGUUUCGCCGACUGGGCCGCGGACCGGUGUCCGGCCGCGUGCGUGGUGGAGAUCAAUGGUUUCUUCCCGCUGGUCAACUUUCGUGCCGUGUUGGCGGGCAUCCUCUCGCUGCUGGAGAUCCCGCACUCGGUUCAGCCGCCGCCGCAAUUCAAGCAUGUCGCCGACCAGGCGGACUACAUUGCCAGCUACUUCAACCGCUUUUGCGACCUCGGGCUCAUCAUCGUGGUGCACAACAUCGACGGGCGUGGGCUUCGGACGACCGUCACUCAAAAUGCCCUUGCAGUACUGGCCGCCUCGCGCGGCAUCGGCGUCAUCGCCUCGGCCGACCACAUCAGUACCCCUCUCCUGUGGGACACGGCUUCGAUCACCAAGUUCAACUGGAUUUGGCGCGAUGCCACCACCUACUGUCCCUACAUGGCGGAGAUAUCCUUCGAGGGGAGUGUCAUCGGACGCAAGACCGAACUUUCGAUCCAGGGCGCGGCCUUUGUCAUGCGCAGCAUGACCGCCCUCACGCGGGAAAUCUUCCUCCUGCUGGCCGAGCAGCAGCUGGAGCGCAUGCGUGCGGCCGGCGGUGGUGGCGAUGGCGCUGGCAGCCAGGACAGCUCGGGGGCCGUGGACUCCCGGCCCCGCAGCGCCCGGGCGCACUCCCACCACCCGGCGCGCUUUGGCCUGCCCUUCGAUGUCCUCUUCCUGGCGGCGGCUGACGCUUUCUUGGUCAGCUCGGAGCAGCGCCUGCAUGAGCAGCUGAAGGAGUUCAUUGACCACCGGCUGGUGGUGGUCCACCGGCUGUCCGGCCUCGGGAGUUCCGGCACCGGCGGCGGGGGGGGCUCCAUCGAUGCGGCCGGGCUUGGCACCGGUGCCGGCGGCGAGGACCUCUCCCUGGCGGUGAUGGCUGCGGCGGCCGGCAGCCUCGGGGCCACGGAUGUGUUGUACAUCCCGCUGGAUGCGGACGCCCUGUCUCAGGUGAUCUCCCAGACACGCGCCAUGUAAUAGACACAUGCUGCUA